AUGAAGAACAUGAUGAAGAUCACUUUUGACCUUCAGAUGGACAUCCAGAGCUUAAUCCGACUGGAAGUGGCUGCUGGCAUCGCAGCUGCAUUUGGAUGUGCCAUCGACGGAACUGCAGGAAAAGUUCCCACGGCAACCGCAGCUCUGUCCCGCCCCGUGAACAACACACACUGUCUGAUCUGCCUCGACAAUUACAGCGACUCCGUGCUGUACCAGUGCGGUCACAUGUGUGUCUGCUUCCCGUGCGGGCGACACUUGAUGGACCGCGGUGCCAAGUGUCCCAGCUUCAUCGAUAUGGGUUCUGACGUCUGCAUCCGUUCCUCCACGUUUAUCCAGGAUGCUUCAGAGAUAGUGUCUCGGUUGUUCCCAGAUGGAUUGCCGGGCAACGUUGUCAAUUUCCACCUCAUAAUCGAUGAAGUUGAUGAAUUCAACUCUUGGGGCUGGUUCAGAAUGAGGCGCAAGACUCCAGUAGGUGACUCUCCACUAAUAGCCCCGCUUCAAAGUUUGCCUGAACGUCGGGACAGUGUCUCAAGUCAAGUUACUUCUGCCACAUCAUCGUCAACAAGUUUGCGAGAAUUUUCCAAUGCACCUGUUGAUGUUCGCGUGCAAGACCCCAGAGGUCUGCUAGGAUCAGUGCUUCAACAUGACAAUGUGCCACCCCCUGGCCUUGCUAUACCUACCGGACCAGUUGUACAUGAAGUGAACUGGCACACAAUUGAAGAGCAACAACAAGAGGAGCUCAUACAGGAAGUGAGCGAACUCCUUCAUCGCAGACUGGUCACCUCCACGCUGCAGGGGGAGUUCCGUAAUAUCCUUGAGCUUCACGUGCAGCAACAACUUGCCGCCACUGGGACAGAUGGACAGAGGGUGGAACAGUUCAUCAGAUCCAUUCCACAGACUCAGCCACAUCAACACAACGACUUCUCCAACCUUGGAAUCCCCAACCAAGGAGAAAACAACUGGGACAACAUUUCUGUCACCAGUAUCAGUGCCAGCGCUGUGCCCUACACACAGACCAACCUGCACCUAAGUAGAGAGAUAUCGGCUCUGAAGGCCCAACUCCUAGAGAUGAAGAACAUGAUGAAGAACAGCUUUGAUCUUCAGAUGGACAUCCAGAGGUCAAUCCGACAGGAAGUUGCUGCUGGCAUCGCAGCUGCAUCAGGUGCCAUAGGAAGUGCCGGAACUGAAGGAAUACUACCCACGGCAACAGCAGCCCUGUCCCGCCCUGUGAAUGACACACACUGUCUGAUCUGCCUCGACAACCACAGCGACUCUGUGCUGUACCAAUGCGGUCACAUGUGUGUUUGCUUCCCGUGCGGGCGACACCUGAUGGAUCGCGGUGCCAAGUGUCCCGUAUGCCGGGCACCUAUCAGGGACAUUAUUCGCGCGUACAAGUGCAACUCGGAAUAAAUACGGUGAUUCAUGGGCCGCGAAAGUAUCAGUUGCUAUAUAUGGGGGUGACUAAUUGUGCUGUGGCUGUGAAUAUUUCAGUUUUAUAUGCAGACACUGCUUCGUAGUUGAGAAAGUAUCUACGGUAGAAGCGAAAUGAGUUGACUCAUGCUUCAAUUGUGAUGUGAAUAUUUCUUGAAUAGAAAAAAGGAUUUCCUUUAGAAACACAUUAGGAGUCUACUCGUUCCCUUGAAUGAGUGCACUAAAACUCUUAAUUUUAGAUAUUUCUUGCAUAGUUUAACGGAUCUUAACUAACUUUGUUAUUUUUUAUCUAUACAUGCUUCAAAAACCGAACAAACGGUCAAUUUGUCACUCACACAAUAUUUGUAUGCUUUAGUUAUGACUAUAUCUGUUGCUGAGAAAACUGUUUUGUUCUUAAGCUAUGAUAGUUUUAAUAUCUGAUCACAUGGUUUAUGUUUUAGCAGUGGAUAUUUCACUAUCUAAAAGAACUGACUUGUGCUUCAUUGUUGGGUAUUUCAUUACCGGGUAGUUUAAAGAAAUGGCAUUGUAGGCAUUUUAUAUGUAUUGUUAAUUAUAUAAAUGAGCAGACUUUUUUCUAAGACAUAUUUCGGUCAAUAAAUGUUAAACACACUUGCCUCUAAGAAAACACGGAUGCUUUAUUAGGAAACUUGUUAUAUUGGUUUCUGUUUGUUAGUUGUUGCUGUUGUUAUGUUGUUGAAAAGAGAAUUAAACGAAAAUUGUA